GUGUGUAGUCUCGCUAGCGUUCACAAAGCUGGAGCGUGCUUGUUUGAACUUUUCCUUCCGACUUUCUGAAAUCAAGAAAAGAAUGUUUCGCUGUGUGGCUGCUGCUGUCUUGGUGCUGGGACUUGUGGGGUUCCGAACCGCCGACGCCAUGAACUUGAACGAGGAAGAGGAGUUGGAAUUCUUGUCUGAUCGUGUACUGAUGGAAUUAACCGAAGUCAAGAAGUCUGAAGUUUCCCAAGCGUUCAGUAUCGUCGGUAAGCCGGCUGUAGAAAGCAUGGUCCAUACCAGCGGAAAGUUUUCAGCGGGAAGCGCAGUAGACGGCAGUCCUUCAUCAAACAUCAAGCAUUGUUCGCACACUGCUUACAGUGCCAAUCCAUGGUGGAGAGUCGAUCUUGGAGAGGACCAUUGCAUCAGCAAAGUCCGAAUUCUGAACCGUGGAGACUGCUGCAGCGAACGUCUGGCAGGCGCUGUUGUUCGCGCUGGUGACAGCACCACUGUCACCGACAACCCGACUUGUGGCUCACCUGUCACCGCUGCCCAAGCCAAACCACUCGGUGGUACCAUCCAGUUUGAUUGCUCCCCGGCGUUAAGGGCGCGCUACAUCAGCGUGGAUAUCCCCGGUAGAACUGUCAACUUGCAACUUUGUGAGGUGACGGUGGAGGAAUUGCCGCUUCACCAUUGUCCUGUAGCUGUUCCAAGGCCGUUCUGUAUCUUUGGCAAGCCGGCCUUACAAAGCUCGUCCCACGGCAGCGGACAGUUUCCCGCAGAGAACGCAGUGGACGGCAGCCCCAUUACACAUGUCGCGCAUUGUUCUCACACUGUUUCCAACUCCAGAAACCCCUGGUGGAGAGUCGACCUUGAGGAAGAACAAUACGUUACCAAGGUAACCAUCCUGAACCGUGGAGACUGUUGCAGUGAGCGAUUGCAGGGCGCUCAGGUUCGUGCCGGACUGAGCGGCAUUGCCACACAGAACGCCGCAUGCGGGCCACCAGUUACUAGCAGUCAAGCCCAACCAUUGGGAGGGACCAUCGAGAUUGACUGCGAUCAUCCGUUGAGGGCGCGCUACGUGAGCGUCGAUAUUCCGGGCACUGCAACUCUUCAACUCUGUGAGGUCUUCGUUGAUGUGCUGUCCUCCAGAAGUUGCUGAGCAUCUUCUCGACCGUUGCUUCCCCGUGAAUCAGGAACAGAUUAGACCAUGCCCAUCUUCGAAUGAAAUCCGAUAAUAUUAACAAUCGUAUAUUCUCAAUAAUUAUGGUGAAUGGAUUAUUUUUUUGCACGAUAAAUUCUUUCCACAGGAGCCAAUAAAAAC